AUGCCUGCAAAAGUCAAGUAUUGGGUACCUCUGGGUGCAACGAUGAUGAUGGGGCUCUUGGCGUUGCACGUUAUCUCCUUUGCCAUCAUUCUCCGUCUGGACUUCAACUUCAUCCCAAACUCCAACCUUCGACCUUCGCAACUCCGACAUCGAGCCAGCCUCCGCAGAACACAGUUGUAUCUUGUGCUCGCUGCUCGUCCUCCUCCCCCGAUCCCCCAGUCCACCACAGCUGCGGAUGGCGGGUUGACGGAGCAGCUGGUGUGUGACUUACUUAUGGCCAAGCGAAGUGCUCCUGCUUCCCUCGACCAGUCUGGACAGCCCGCAGAGAAGGCUGUGCAUCCUGGCCCGGAAGCUGCACUCUCUCCCAGCCAGACCUCAUCUCCCAGAGUUACCCGUUCCGCCGCCAGGCUCGCUGCCGACAGUGCUGCCAAUACCUCAGAACCCGCCCCGCCAUCCAAUCCUCCCGUUCAGGCUCGAAAGAGAAAGGCCCCGUCUCAACGCGAGAAAGUACAAGGUGACGCCGAGACACCUCACUCGCCGUCCCCGUCUCGAGGACCGAAACGCUCAAAGCUGUCGACGUCAGCUGCUCGCCAGCCUGCCACCCGACAGAGUGCUCGUCAGAUUGCAGCCAUGUCUCAGUCAAGAUCACCCGGCAUUCCGGAAGAACUAUCGAAAACGCUCACCGCGUCACCGUCAUCCUCAAAGCCACGCUCAACUAGAAACAGAAAGGCCUCACGAGACGGGUCACAGCAUGUUUCCCCUCCACGACGCCAGAAGAAAAGAGGAAAACGAGGCAGUGACGCCGAGAUGAGGGAUGCGGAUGAGGAACACCACGAGAAGGUGGAAAAGGACGACGAAGACCUAUCGCCGGCUAACGAUAGCAAUGAAGAACCCAACCAGAUGGACACCGCCGAAGAGGACGAACAUGACCCAUUCCGAGGCGGAAUCUUUGGAGCAGGAAGCCCUUUUGGGCUGCAGAGUACACUACGCGCUCUCAGUGGCAUGAUGUCGGGCAUGUCCUCCCGCCUCCGGGAUAUCCUUUCCAAUUUGAAGACAAAGGGGGACCCGUCGGUUCAGCUAAUUGCAUUGCAAGAGCUCUCUGACCUGCUUUUGGUUUCAAACGAGGACAAUCUUGCAGGGCACUUCUCGCCAGAUCCGUACGUGCAUGAGCUAGUAAACUUGAUGCAGCCCAAUGAAUUCGGAGAGGAAAACCCGGAGAUAAUGUUGCUGGCCUGCCGAUGUCUAGCUAACAUGAUGGAAGCAAUUCGGGGCUCUGUCGCCAACGUGGUUCACGGUGGAGCUGUACCGAUUCUCUGUCAGAAGCUGCUGGAUAUACAAUUUAUCGACCUCGCCGAGCAGGCAUUAAGCACUCUGGCGAAGAUAUCUGUGGAUUUCCCUGCUUCGAUCGUCCGGGAGGGUGGGCUUACCGCAUGCCUCACAUACCUUGACUUCUUCCCUACUAGCACACAGCGCACCGCCGUUACAACAGCUGCGAACUGUUGCCGCAAUGUGCCUCAAGAUUCCUUCCCUGUUGUGAAGGAGGUAAUGCCAACGUUGCUAAAUGUCCUCUCUAGUAGCGAUCAAAAGGUCGUGGAGCAAGGCUGUCUAUGCGUUUGCCGCGUGGUAGAAAGUUUCAAGUACAAGCCAGAACAGCUGGAGGAGUUAAUUGAGCCAGACCUUCUACGUGCGGUCCUUCGGCUGCUCCUUCCAGGCACCACAAACUUGAUUGGUCCGCAUAUCCACACAUAUUUCCUCCGCGUCUUAGGGAUCAUCUGCAAAUCCAGCCCGCGUCUAUCUGUCGAGCUCCUGAAGAUGAACGUUGUGGAUACGCUGUAUCAAAUCCUCACGGGAGUCUCGCCUCCCUCAGACGAUGGCUCAGGGCCAAUGAAGUCUGACAGCGUGCACAUCAUGCAAGCGUUGAUUCAUCGCCCUCGAGAGCAAGUAUACGAGACCCUGAACGUCGUGUAUGAGAUACUUCCCGGCGUCUCAAAGGGUUCAUUGGUGCUAUCAGACGAUCAGCUUCGAUCAACUCUUGGCUGUGGUGUCCUACCACUCUCAGUUACGCCCAAAAUAAAAGCAAUGGGUGAAAAGAGACUGGAGCUGCUAAAGCAGUGUCAGCCAGAAAUCAGAAGGUUUACCACGAUUCUGUUACCAACCCUUACAGAUGUUUACUCUAGUACAGUAAACCUGAGAGUGCGACAGAAGGUCUUGUUGGCACAAUUGAAAAUGGUCCAAGCCCUUGAUGUCACAAUCAUUGAAGAAGCCCUUCGAUCCGUCCCAUACGCUUCGUUUUUGGCUGGAAUUCUAUCUCAAAAGGAUCACAUAUCUCUAGUUGCACUAGCGUUGCAAUGUGCAGAGCUUCUAUUCGAGCGAUUGAGGGAGAUUUACCAGUACCAGUUCCAUCGAGAGGGUGUCAUCACUGAAAUCAAGGCACUAGCUGAAACACCACUGUUGAGCAAACCGGAGAAUCCUGUGACUACAAGGUCCAAUAAUACAUCGGAAGUAGGUCAUCACCCAGUACACGGAGAUCACGAUAUGGAGGAUGAACACGACCACGAUAGUGGGGAUGAGAACGAACUCCACGAUGAAGCACACGACCACGACGACGAAAGCAACGAUGAGGAUGGUUUCAAUGGAGAUUAUCCGGAUGAACCUGAACUUCAUCGACAUGAACACGAUGAUGCCUCAGAUAGUGAAACCUCCUCCAUAGUCCCCCCACCGUCCCAGUCCCUUGACACUACACUGCAAGACCUGAUGACCACUGGCGCAAAGCAUUUCCUUCGCCUAUACGAGGAUAGCAAAGUUACAGGUAUGCACGAAAAGGCCGAACUUGUCCUGGAGACCUUACGUCAACUUGCCACAAAGAUCGAAGCCUGUUAUAAGGACUCUGCUCGACCGACUAAUGGCUACAAACUCUUCUGCGAGCUUGCGACCUACUUUGACGGAAACGCUCUUGAUAGUAUUACCAGUUUUGAGCUGCUGAAUUCCGGUAUCAUCCGUGUUCUUCUAGAUGUCAUUGAGGGUUCAAAAGAACAAGCUGGCGCAGACUUUUUGAAAGCUUUUACAAGCUCUCCUGCGGCUGUGUCUCCUAACUCCGAAAAGACGACUGCUUUUGGUACCUUUAUUCACAAACUUCAAGACUUACUCAGCCGGACGGAGAAUUUUGAAGUUGUCACGGUGCACCACAACGCGUUCGAUAACAGAAGCACUCUAUCCAUGCUGUCUAAGCAGAUCCGCCUCCGAUUAGUAGCCGAGGAGGAUUCUAAUAUCCCCAAACCAUACAAGAAUAUGAUGGUGUCUAUUCAUGCAAUUGCCAAUUUCAAAACCCUGGAUGACUAUCUUCGGCCUAGGAUCAGUCUUUCCGAACGCCCACGAAACUCUCGGCAUCGCGACCCGACUUUCUCUCACCUCACGGGCGGUGCCUAUCUCCAGGAUCCCGAAUCUACAAGCAGGGGAAAUGAAUCGGGCCUGCCUCAUUUCUCUGAUUUCCCAUCUUAUCGAUUACCUACUGCGCGUGGUAAUUCCAGCGGAACUAGCGCCCGGGGUGCAAAUAAAGGCAGGCCCACUCCACCCUCCACCCUCCGAGAAGACUCGGGCGAAGGCCAGCAGGAGGGAACAGGGCGAAGACGCUCGGCUAGGCACCAGCCCCCACCACCUCCAAUGGAAAGUGACGACACUGACGGACCUUUGGAAUGCGCCGAUGAAACUCAUAUAAGUGACGAGGAAGAGGAUGAUGAUGAGGAAGACGCUCUCGAUACAAUUGUAGACGACAUUGACGACGAUUUGUCCGAAGAUGAGGCGCCGGAUCCUUCCGCUGUCAAUAUGGAGGUCGCCUCCACUGGUAAAGUGACGGCUAGGAAGGAAGACGGUACAAGGGUCUCGACUCCAUCGCAGUCUACUCCAGUGGCAAAGUCCUCGUCGUCGCUCGCCAGAUCGAGUCCCCAGUCCUUUGGUAGAUCCCUUUCCUUGGCUGGGCGGUCAUUUACAUCCUACGCCGCUGCAAUGGUAGCCAUGCCACAGGAUUGGCACAUUGAGUUCAGUUUAAACGGAAAACCUAUAUCAAAUGAUACCACCGUUUACCGUGCAGUUCAUGGGACCCGUGGCAGUUCAGACAGUUCUGCAUCAAGGAAUGUCUGGUCGGCGGUUCACACCGUCCAUUUCAAACGUGCUCAAGGCCCACAGCCCCCUGAGCCUUCAACACUCACUCCCACAUCAUCUAAUCUCUCUGCUAUCGAUGACGAAACGGACAUGCCAGAGUCUCUAAAUAAAGCGCCUACCACCGCAUCUAUUCUCCGCCUUUUACGAGUUUUGCAUUAUCUUAAUUCUCAAUCUGAUGAUGACCUGGUCAAUGAAAACGGACUAGGGAGGAUAACUCCUGAGCCUCCUUCACUGUUCAUCAAUACUAAACUCACCGCGAAGUUGAACCGGCAGCUUGAGGAGCCACUGAUAGUUGCGAGCAGUUGUUUACCUAGUUGGAGCGAAGAUCUCGGGCGCCACUUUGCAUUCCUUUUUCCAUUUGAGACCCGCCAUCUCUUCCUACAGUCUACUUCCUUUGGCUACGCUCGAUCUAUGAUAAGAUGGCAAGGAUCGCAGUCAAGUGAUGAAUCGCAGCGUGAACACCGCAGGGAUGAUCGUGCCUACACUGGCCGACUGCAAAGACAAAAGGUACGGAUUUCCCGUACACGCAUCUUAGAUUCCGCUAUGAAGGUCCUCGAGCUGUAUGGCUCGUCGCCAAGUGUUCUGGAAAUCGAAUACUUCGAGGAGGUGGGAACCGGCCUAGGUCCAACUCUUGAAUUCUACUCGACAGUGUCCAGGGAGUUCUCCAAGAAGAAACUUAAGCUAUGGAGGGACUCAGACGCGAACACAGAUGGAGAGUAUGUCAACAAUAAAUUAGGACUAUUUCCAGCGCCAAUGAGCCACGAGCAAACUACCCAGGAAGCAGGGAAGAAGCAACUGCAACACUUCAAAGCACUGGGCAAAUUUGUUGCUCGCUCAAUGCUGGACUCGCGGAUUAUCGACAUCGGAUUCAACCCUCUAUUCUUUAGUGCUGGCCGAGGAGCAUACGCUAAAAAGGCACCAUCUAUUAGCUCGGUAAAACGAGUGGAUCCAGAGCUGGCAAAUUCUUUGAUGCUAUUGAAGAAAUUCGCAGACAAAGCAACAGCAAUCAAGGUUGACACCUCGCUAUCUGCCCACGAAAUUGCCCAAGCAAUGGAACAAUGCGAAGUUGAUAAUGUUAAAUUGGCAGACCUUGGCCUUGACUUUGUUCUGCCUGGGUAUCCGAGCAUUAAACUUGUGCCAGAUGGCGAUAACACGCUUAUCACCAUGUCAAAUGUCGAACUCUACGUCAGCAAAGUGAUCGAUAUGACCCUUGGCAGCGGAAUAAAGCCACAGCUAGACGCCUUCGCCGCUGGCUUCUCGCAAGUAUUCUUAUAUUCGUCAUUGAAAGCCUUCACGCCAGAAGAACUGGUGAUGCUCUUUGGCCAGGUCGAUGAGGACUGGUCUAUCGAAACUCUUAUGGAUUCUAUCAAAGCCGAUCACGGAUUCAACAUGGAUAGUAGGAGCGUUCGAAACUUGCUUGAAACCUUGAGCGGAUUCACACUUCAGCAGCGUCGUGAUUUCUUACAGUUCGUCACUGGAAGUCCUAAGCUUCCUAUUGGAGGUGAGUUUAACAUCAAAUCCGGGUUUUUGCGAGAGACAAAACUAAUCACCGUCGUCAACGUAGGGUUCAAAGGCCUCACUCCAAUGUUUACUGUGGUUUGCCGCCCCAGCGAACCACCGUAUACUCCAGAUGACUACCUUCCUAGCGUCAUGACCUGUGUGAACUACUUGAAGCUGCCGGACUAUUCCUCCGCCGAGGUCCUCCUCGACAAACUUGGUGUAGCGAUGCGCGAGGGCCAGGGGGCAUUCCACCUAUCCUAG